UCCCGCUUAGGCAGCAGCAGCAUCACUUCCGGGUUCGGUUCCUCCAGACGGGUUCUUGCAGCAUGUCCGCGGCCCCGGUGUCGUCCCUGCACGCGCAGCUCGCGGCCGUGAUGGAGGUUCUGGCCAACGCGGCGGUGGCGGAGAUCUGCGCGCUGGUGGACGGGGGGCUGGCGGCGCUGCGGCGCGAGAACGAGGCGCUGCGGAGACAAGUCCGGCUGGCCGAGACCCGGGCCGGGCACCCCGGGCCGCGCAUGCGCGUCCGCCUGCACCCGGGACCCGGACCCAGACCCAGACCGGGACCAGGACCCGGCUCUGGCACCGGGACCGGGACCAGGGUCCCGACAGGUGAGCGGGACCGCGUCACAAAAAGACAAGCGGCGCCGACCCGGGCGUCCAGGCAGGAGCCGCUCCGCUGCAGAGACCCCAGUCCUCCGACGUCGGAGUCGGACCGGGAGCCCAGUCCGCCGAUGGCCACGGCCUUCGAGACCACCGUGGUGAUCAAGGUGGAGGACGACGAGCCCUGGUUGCAGGCGGAGGAGAGUUUCUGCCGCGUUGCCGAUGGACAGAUGUCAGAGACGAAGGCGUCGCCGCCCCUCGGCCAACAGGACGCCGCCAGCGACGACCACGAUGAUGGCGGAGGCGGCGUCUCGUCCCAGUCCUGGAUGAGCGGCGAGGUCAGCUCCACCUCCACCCACAGCGUCCUGGCCGGCGGUCUGAAGCCCGAGCCCGGCGGCUACGAGUGUCCGGUGCUGGAGCUGGAGGCCGGCCCCCGGGGCCCCCAGGUCUCCCUGGUAACGGAGGCCAGCGGGGUCUUACCGGUUCACGACGAGCCGCCUGGAGGGUUCCACGCCCACAAGCAGAGGGCGGCGCCGCCGCUCCCGGACAAGCCCAUCCCGGACAAGCCCCUACAGGAUGAGCCCCGGCCGCCGCCGACGGGUCACGGCGCCGGGACCUGGCGGCGGCCCGACCCCCGCGGCCGCCACGACCCCGGCCUGAAGCCCUACGGCUGCACCUUCUGCGGUAAGACUCUGGCCUGCCUGAAGAACCUGAAGACGCACAUGCGCGUCCACACGGGUGAGAAGCCCUUCGUCUGCCCGCUCUGCGGCAAGCGCUUUUCCGACUCCAGCAACCUGAAGCGCCACCAGAGCGUCCACACGGGCGAGAAGCGCUACGGCUGCGUCCACUGCGGCAAGCGCUUCGCCCAGUCCGGGUCGCUGAAGGUGCACAUGAGCGUUCACACAGACUGCAAGCAGUUCCGCUGCUCGCAAUGCGGCAAGACCUUCAUCUCGGGGGUGCACCUGCGCCGGCACCUGGCCGGGCACGCCGUCGCGCUGUCCUGACGCCCGUAGCCCCGCCCCCGCCGGCUCCUCUGACAUCAUCGUCUCAGACUUGUCCGUCAACCUGUUGCCGGUUCCUCCUGGUCCCGGGAGACCGGUUGGUCCUGCGGCAGGACGUCCCGAUUACCGGUAAAUGUUUGUAUGUAACCGAUUCUGAUGUGAAGCAAAAAUUAAUUAAUAAAUAAAUGAAUAAAUAA